GGAGCGGUCCCAAACAUCGAGGUGCGCGUCUCAUCUCUGGUCAAACCUCUGGUCUAGUGACACCGACCGACCGCCACCAUGGGCUGCAUCCAGAGCCUCAUCUGCAAGCCGCGGCGCCUCCGCCGAGAAAACAUCGUGGUGGAGGAGUUCUCGGCCACGAUCGACUCCACGCCGACCGUAGUUGAGGAGUCGUCGCCCAUCGUGCUGCGCUACAAGACGCCCUACUUCCGUGCGUCGGCUCGACUCGUCGUGCCCCCGAUCCCGCCGGGACAGACGUGGGUCGUGGGCUUCGUGCAGGCGUGCGACCACAUGGAGUUCCACAACGUCUACGGAGAGCUGGGAAUCAGAUCGAGCUGGGAGCUGCCGGCGCUGCGGGACGGGCACGUCUCGGCCAUCUCCGACUCGGACGGCGUGAGCUACCCGUGGUACGGCAACACCACCGAGACCGCGAGCAUGUCGGCUUCCCCAAGGGGCGGCGGCAACGGCGGCGGCGGCGGCAGCAACAACAACAACAACGGCAGCAGGAAGCCGAUCCGCGUGCACGUCAGCAUGAACGACAACUUCUACCCCAGCGUCACGUGGGCCGUGCCGGUUAACGCCGGCGGCGCCGGCGGCGGCGAUGCGGGCACGGCGCCACCGACGCCGUGGCUCAGCCGCGUGACCCGCGACCAGACGUUCACCACGUGGCUGGUGGCACUGAACCCCGACACGCGCGAGCGCCUGGUGCUGCGCACCGUGCGCUGGCGGGUGCGGCUGCGCAUCGACGUGGAGCCCUGGCGGCCGCUGGGGCAGCGCGCGCGCCUCGUGGGCCCCGCGCGGCAGGAGCAGCCGCUGAUUCUGCCGCGCAACGAGCCCAUCCCGACCAACGCACUCGAGAGGCCGAGCGCCAACGACGCGCAGGUGCUCAUGUGGAGGCCCAAGUGCGGCCCCUGUGUCGUGGUCAUCCCGCCCAAGCAGUAGGAGUCACCAACUGCCGGGCUGUAUAGAUGCCCGGCUGUUCAUCUGUCUGGCUGGUCGCUUGUCUGGCUGUAGAGCUGCCCGGCUGUCUGGCUGCCUGUCUGUUCAGCUGCCCGGCUGUUCGGCUGUCAUGCUGUAUAGCUGCCCGGCUGUUCAGCUGUCCGGCUGGUCGGUUGUCUGGCUGGUCGGUUGUCUGGCUGUAUAGCUGCCCGGCUGUCUGGCUGCCUGUCUGUUCAGCUGCCUGGCUGUCCAGCUCUUUAGCUGUUGGGCUCUCUGGCUAUCCGAAUGUCCAGCUCCCCGGGUGUCGGAAUGUCUGGCUAUCCGGCUGUCUAUCGUCUUUCCAUAGCCAUCUUCAGUGCCAUUUGUCUUCAACGCCAAUUGCGCACGGCGCCAGCAUUCAGUGCACAAAGCAGCAGGAACUCCAGCGUGCCUCCGAAGCAUUCCGAUAUGUCACAGGUAUCAGGGUGCUGCGAAUGUGAAACUCAUAUGAGACUAAAAUGCCGACGCGGGGAUAUUAUUGGGAAGGAAUAUGCCUGGCGUCUGUGAGAUUGUGAGGCGGUCUUGCCUUACGAUGCCACUACCAUUAGAGUGUUAGAGCGAUGUUUGACUUGCGAGUUGAUAAUUUAAUUUAAAAAUAGACGAAGGACGUUUCUCUCUCUCUCGGAUGGAAGCUGCUUGAGCACAAAGUACUGUACAGGAGAAAAUAGUGGAGAAAAUAAUCUUCAAGACAAUCAUGGACUGCAAUGUGACAAGGCAAAGCAUGUCCCGAUAUAAAAUGACAUUUUAAUGGACGUCAAUGCUGAACUAUUUGUGGAGUUGUUUUUAUUCGCAAUUAUAUUUUGAGAGAAAAAAAACAUAAGCAGUAAACGCAAUUUAACGGAUGAUCUGAACACUGAAAUGUGAACACGGGUUGAAUGUGAUUGAUGAGAUUGUUGAUUUUUAACGGCACCCGGAAUUACAAUCACUGCCAUCCUCAAAUGUGUAUUUGACACACACACACACAACACACAGUAUGGCACAACAACUCAACUGUGAUUGCAGGGCGAGCUGUUUCAAAAUUACACUCACAAAGAGGAAGAUUCGACAAUUUACAACCGCGCACUUAUGCGGAGGAAAACAGGAUGGAAAUCAUCCGCAAAAAAAUUCGACAAGGUAGCAUCGCGAUUUUGAAAGCCUCCCUUGCAUCUGUGAAAGGGCAAGUCCACAAACAUGGCUCAAUUAUGUAUUGUCUCUCAACCGCAAUGAACAGGAUUAUAUGUGGCAUUCGUUACAUUGCUUUUGCCCAAGGCCAGAUGUAAUUUGCAUAGGUCAUUGCGAGCCAAGAUUAGUGGUUCUUUUACAGCAUGAUCUAAUGUGUCAAGAGCUUCUCUCUCUCUCUCUCACAUACACACAUGCUUCCGUUCUGCUGACAAACCUGAGCAGGCCACGGAGGUCAGGGGAAAUUAUCGCGUGCAAAAACUGCUGACUUAUUUUUGGUGCGCGCGCGCGCGUGUGUUUGUGUGUGUGAAAUUCAAUCACUGUGACCAACUUUCUUCCCCGUUCUUUUUUUUUAUUUCCGGCCCGUGAAAUGAUGCUUUAAGGCCCUGGCCGUGAAGGGCUUUCGCACCUGACAGCCGGGGAGUGGCUCAUUCGCAGAGAGCGGUAGGGGGUGGUGGUGGGGGGGGGAGGAGGAAGAAACGGGCCCAAUUUUUUCCGAGGCGUCACGAUCCACACCGCGUCGGCACCGCCGCUACACGCGGACGUAGUCAAACUCCACCCCCCCCCCCCCCCAAAUUAAUUUCUUCGAGAUAAAUGAAUGCGCUUUGUCCUCUGGUGAGAACUGAUUAAAUAUGAAUGUAGCCGCUUACGCUCCCUCGUCGACGGCACGCCACGAACCCCGCAAGUGGUGUCCCCCCCCCCCCUCCCUUCGUGGAACUGGAGCCAUACUGACAGAUGCGUGUGGGGGGGGGAGGGGGGCUUAGUUAAAUUGCCAAAGUUUUCCCUUUGCCCACGUGGGGUGGAGCGGUGGUGGCAGUGGCCCACGUGCUGCGCUGUUAACCGAAGCAACUUGCCGAGUUCGAUUCCCAGCCAACGGUUAACGGCGGAGGCGACGAUGUCUGAAAUGGUCUCGCGCGUGCCACGGAUUUAAUCACCAACCGCGCACUAACUGGCCUGGUGAAGUGCAGUCAAACGAUUCCCAUUAUAUCGACGUGGAGUGGGGGAGGCCUUCGUUCCAUGGGCGGAUUGACAGAGGGCUGUGAAUCGUCCAAAUGUUGAUUGUUUCCUUUGUAAGGGGGGGCGGGGGGGGGGACGUGACUUAGCCUCGAGACUUGGCCCAGUGUGUUAAUGUUGUCACACUGUGCAAUUCACGAGGAACAAGCCAGCGGAUGUUUUUCUUCUUCUUGAAUCUGAUGUCGAGGCAAACGAAUUCGACGCACGUAACGAUCACUCGCAAUCACUCGCAGACUUCACGUUCGAUUCCUGGGUUAAAUUCAACGAAAAAUUCGGCUGAUUUUAAUCGAACUCCAAGGUUACAACCGCUCACCUGGAAUGACUGUACUGAAUAAGCGUUUUUCAGAUGUAUUUAUUUAUGCCAUUACUAAUGUUAACUGUGAUUUUAGUUAUUUAAAUAAUGCGUACCAUUGCAUGUUUACGCAUUCUAAUUAUAAGGAGGUGGGUAGGUGUACAAGAUCACAUCACUUACGCGAGCAAUAACUGCAUAACAACAAAUCCUGGCCUGCAUUUCGUAUUCAGAGUCCGUGUAGUUCCAAGCCUAAACUAAAAAAUACACAAUUUUUUUACUCAAACUAUUUUCAUUUUACCAGGUAAGGCCCACUGAGCUAUGUCAUUUUUUUCAGAAGCGAUCUGGCCACAAAUAAUAGCUCAACGAAGUGGCUUAUCACGUGGAAAUUUAUAGCAGCCAAAAACACUUUAACCGCAUGGCGAUGUUAAUUCUAAAUGUGGAGGGAAAACCCGGAGGACCCAGAGAAAAAAAAACACGCGACCAGGGGGAGAGAGAGACACCGCAAACUCCAAAUACACAACAGGCGUCAGGGUCGGGAUCAAACCUACGACCUCCUGCAUACCAGGCGAGGGAAUUAACAUCUCUCAUUGUCCAGCGACGAUGCUAUGCAUGCAGCCGUGGGUUUUUUGUAAUAAAUUGUUUUGUAUAUAAUUUAAUUGUGACCGAGAGGGCUAUUGUCUCAUGUUAACAGUAGAAAAAAAAUAUGUACUAUACGGUAACUAUAAACAAUAAUAAACAUGAAUUUGCAGUACUCUUGUUCAAUCCACUUCUGGAUGAUGUGUCACUCAGGAGGAAAGGACGGGGGUGGGUUUAUUUGACCAUACUUCACCGCGCUGUGCAGGGCCGGUGAAUGGGGAUACCCAAGACCAGUUGAGAUAUUCGCCACCGAUGUUAGCCGUGACCGGGCAUCAAACUCAGGUAAGCUGAGUUCAUAGCGCAGCGUGCUAAUCACUGCGCCACCACUCCUCCUUCUCUACACCCCCCGUAUCAGCAUGGCGUCACGUGAUUAAACAGCUAUCGUGAGUAACUUGUGUUCAGACUUGUCCUUCAUCCAGCAGUGGAUUGAAAAAUGGACUGUAGAAAGGGACUGUAGAACUAACGCAUAUUCAUCACGUGCAUAAUAUAUAUAUGUACAAAUGUGAAAAAAGCUAUAUGGCUCAGUGAGCCUACCUUGUAGAAAAAAUAUAUAUUGUAUUUUUUCAUAGAUUAAUCGACGUCGCUGAUUGUAGUGUUUCAUGCCCGCACGGCGGUAAUGCAUCUGGAAGGUGUUGUGAGUGGGUCCGCGAUGCAUGCGCGUGGGCAAGUGAAUCGAUGAGUCACACCAAACCA